AUGGGUAAGAAGACGAAGAAGGGGAAGGGGCGGUUGGAUAAGUGGUAUGAGCUGGCCAAGACUGCAGGGUUCCGCUCGCGUGCGGCGUACAAGCUGAUUCAGCUCAACCGGAAGUUCGCCUUCCUCGAGUCCGCGCGCGCAUGCCUGGACCUCUGCGCGGCGCCGGGCGGCUGGCUGCAAGUGGCCGCCAAAACCAUGCCGGUGGCCUCGCUCAUCAUCGGCAUCGACCUCGUCCCGAUAAAGCCGAUCCGCGGCGUCAAGACGCUCGUCGGCGACAUCACCGAGGCCAAGUCCAAGGCGGCCAUCCGCGCCGCCGCCAAGGGCUCCCUCUUCGACGUGGUCAUCCACGACGGCGCGCCCAACGUCGGCGGCGCGUGGGCGUCCGAGGCGUACUCGCAGGCGGCGCUCGUGCUCGACUCGCUCAAGCUCGCGACCGAGUUCCUCGCGCCCAAGGGCACCUUCGUCACCAAGGUGUUCCGCAGCAAGGAAUACACCCCCCUGUUGUACGCGCUGCAGCAGCUGUUUGAGAAGGUCGAGGCCACGAAGCCCGUGGCGUCGCGGAACACGUCCGCGGAGAUCUUCGUCGUGUGCAUGAAGUACAAGGCGCCGGCCAAGAUCGAUCCCCGGCUGCUCGAUCACCGCGUGUUGUUCCAGGAGGUGAGCGACGCGCCGCGCGCGAUGGGGCCGGACGCGCUCCUCCGGCAGCGCCACAAGGAGAAGCGGAACCGCGAGGGCUACGAGGACGGCCUGUCCACGCUGCACAAGCCCAUGUCGGCCGCGACGUUUGUGCUGGCGGACCACGCCGUGGAGCUCUUGGCGAAUCGGACGGCGAUCGUGAUUGACGGGCCGGGGGCGGCGGAGCGGCCGGCCGGGACGGACGAGGAGGACGCUGCGCGGUACGUCGAGGCGGCGGCGCGGAUCCGCGGGCACGAGGCGACGACGCGGGAGGUGCGGGAGCUGUGUGGCGACCUGCAGGUGCUGGGGCGGCGGGAGCUUAAGCAGCUGCUGAAGUGGCGGCUGGAGAUCCGGAAGGACAUGUCGAAGGAGGAGAAGAAGGAGCGGCGGGAGGAGGCGGCGGAGGACGGCGCGGGGGCAGAAGCGGGGGAGGGCGCGGCGGCGGCGGAUCAGGAUGCCAAGAUGCUCAAGGAGAUGGAGCGGCUGAGGGCGCGGAUGGAGGCGCGCGAGCGGCGCGAGCGCAAGAAGAAGCGCCUGCUGAAGCGCAAGCAGAAGAUCAAGCGCGCGCAGGCGGCCAACGCGGGGGAGAUUGCAGAAGAGCAGGCCAUGAUGUCUGGGCUCUUCUCCCUGAAGGAUCUCAAGUCGCGCGCGCACCUCGACGCCGCGGCGGACGCCGCGGCCCCGGAGCCGGAGGACUUCUCCGAGGAGCCGUCGUCGGACGAGGACGACGCGGACCUGCUGGUGUCGGACACCGACAGCAGCGACGACGACUCGGGAGACGACGACCGUCGCAAGUACGAGGAGAUGCUCGAGGAGCUGGUGGACCGGAGCUGGGAGCAGUACAAGCGCGGGCGGCAGGCCAAGGGCGAGGUGCCUCACAUCGACGACAUUCCGCGUAAGAAGUUCAAGGGCGAUCAGCCGAUGGAGCUGGGCGGGGAGGACGACGUGAUUCAGUCGGAGAAGGCCGUGGCGCGCGCGGAGGAGCUGGCGCGGCGGCGGUACGAGAAGGCGCAGGCGCGGGCGCGCCUGGAGACGGAGGAGGGGGGGGGGUUGGUGGUGGAGCUCGACCCGAAGAUGAUCGGGGUGCGGAACGACCCGAAGUCGAUCGCGGAGCGGUGGUUCUCGCAGGACAUCUUCAAGGAGAUGGAGCUGGAGGAGGACGUCGAGGAGCUAGCGCAGCGGCGGGAGGCGGCGCACGCAAGGGCCGACGCGGACGAGUCGUCGUCGGACAGCGGGGGUGUUGGUGUUGGCGGCGGGGGCGGGGCCGGCGCGGGGGGCUUCGAGGUGGUGCCUGCGGAGGAGCCCGCGGGCGCGCGGCGGCGCGGGAGCGACAGCGACGCGGACAGCGAGGAGACGGACAGCGAGGACGAGUUCGACGCUCUGCCGAAGAACGCGCAGGCGGAGGUGAUGGCGAUGGCGCGGAAGAUGAUCCGUAACUCGACGAAGCACAGCAUGAUGGAGGCGGCGUACAACCGGUACGCGUUCCACGACGAGAACCUCCCGGAGUGGUUUGAGAACGACGAACUCAAGUUCAUGCAGCCGAUUCCGAUGGUGACGAAGGAGGAGGUGGAGGCGGAGAAGGACGCGCUGCGGGCCGCGAGCGCGCGCCCGAUCAAGAAGCUGCUCGAGGCCAAGGCGCGGAAGAAGAAGCGCGCGCUGGCGCGCGUGGAGAAGGCGCGCGCCAAGGCGAACGCGGUGGCGGACCAGGAGGACAUUCCGAUGGGGCGGCGCAUGCGGGAGGUCGCGAAGAUCAUGAACCGCGCGAAGGCGGACCCCGGGAAGGGGGCGGGGAAGAAGACCGGCAGGGGGCGCGAAAAGGGGAGGAAAGGGCCGCCGAAGGACAAGCGGAUGCUGGCGGACCUGCGCGGGCUGAAGCGCGCGCAGAAGAAGGGCCACGGGCGGAUGCCGACGGGCGUGGGGAAGAAGGCCGCGCGGAAGAAGGCCAGCGCUGGCAAGGCCGGGGCUGGCAGGGCGGGAAAGUGA